GGCUGUACUGUGUUAAAUGGGAGGAAACGCCUCUGAAGUGCAGUUCCACAAACCCUCCAGUGUGAAGUGAAGCCGAUGACUCGAGUUCAUCCCUGGUUCACCCUUGGUUCACCUACUUCCCCUGACCCAGCACCCUGCGCAGCCAGCGGCCUCCAUUUUGCCUGAUCCCGAGCCGUCCUCACGUGUCCUGGGCUGUCUCUCUCACAUGACCCGAGUGUUUGUUCCCGUGAUCAGCGCCUCCAUCUCCGUCUGUGUCACCGAAGAUCACUUUUUAUUCUCACCCUGAUGGAUAUGCUCGAACAGAGUCUGGACAACACAAGGCAAAAUAAACACGAAGAAGAGAUUGUCCAGGCUGAAGAGGGAACAAGAGACGAGUCUUCUGGUGUAACAAUAGCCAGUGCUCCACAGGGUGCUGCUUUUGGUGACCAGAACCUACAAUAUCAGUUUCGUACUGAAGGUGCGCAGGUAACUUACCGCGUUGUCCAAGUGACAGAUCAGCACCUCGAGGGCAGAGAUGAGGGAGGAGGAGCAGUGAGCGUGGUGUCUACAGCGGCUUUCUCUGGAACUCCUCAGGCAGUUGCUCAGGCUGUGAUCCAGAACCCUUUUAGUAAUGGAGGCAGCCCGGCGGGGGAGGCAGUGGGAGGAGGGGAGACGCGCUUCGCUUACUUCCCCGCGACGGCAGUGAGUGACGGGACGGUGUCUGUGCAGGCGGCCUCAGACCCCACACUCACACAGGCAGGGGGGCAGUUCUAUGUUAUGAUGACCCCCCCUGACAUCAUACAGGCAGGUGCACAACGAAGCCUCGCUCCCCGGACACAGCCAUUUCCUGCGAAAAUGGACGGACCCCGCACGCCACGAGAUGAAAGGAGGAGAGCGCAACAUAAUGAAGUUGAAAGACGGAGGAGAGACAAAAUUAACAACUGGAUCGUGACUUUGUCCAAGAUCAUCCCGGACUGCAACAUGGACAGCACGAAGACGGGAGCUAGCAAAGGGGGCAUCCUGUCCAAAGCCUGCGACUACAUCCGAGAGCUGAGGCAGAGCAACCAGCAUCUGCAGGAGGCUCUGAAGGAGGUAGAGAGGAUACAGGUGGACAACGAGCUAUGCAGACAGCAGAUCGAGGAGCUGAAGAACGAGAACGCUUUGCUGCGCGCACAGCUCCAGCAGCACGGCAUUGAGCUAGUGGGAGAGACGCCUCCUCAGUGAAACAAAGAGAGAGAGGGAGAGAGAGUGAGAGAGAAGGACACUUAACACGCUGGUGACGGCGCGUCAUCGGACUCUCUGAAGAAUGCCUGUCUUUGGACUAAACGCAUCCUUCCUCGGGUUCACGGAGAACCCUUCAGCGGCCCAUUGCGGCUGCACCUGACUGCUUCAAUCUUGUUGAGAUAACCACCCGUUACAACCAGACAAGUGCUUCAAGAAACUGCCCACUCCCUCCGCAGGAGAUCUGCUCUGUGACUGUGACUCUGACCAACUCCACUUUAUUUAUGUAGCCUUUUUAUGGACUACAAUUUUGUCAUUUCAUUUUCCCUACGUCUGUACCCGCCCUCAUAAUUAAUUUGGACUUAGUUCAGGCUUUAUUUUGUGUUUUGAAUUCAGUAUUAUUUAACCACUUUAAUUUAUUAGUCCGCUUGCUCUAAUGGAGACCGGGUACGGCUUGGUUCACAGAAGGCUUAAUAAUGUAGCGCACCCUGUUUUCUCCCAAAGACUAAAAAAAGCCACGCUAAAGUCUACUUUGACAAAUAUUUAUGCAAAUGACUCUUCAUGUUUUACAAAUACAUGGCCAAUCAGCACCACUUCAAGUCAACAGUAACUUUUUGUAGUAAAAGCGAGUGCAAUGUAGGAGUGGUAUACUUGAAUUUUGGGGCAUUCGUUCAAACCGAGAUGAUGAAAAAGAAUCAACAAAAAUCACUUUGAAGGAUCCAGCUGGAGAAAGUGCAGAAUACUAUUUAAUAAAAAAUAAUGGGGUACAUUGUAACUUAUGCCAAACUACAAAAGGCUCUGAUUUUACCCACGUCUCAGAAUGUGUAAAAAUCGUUAUUCACUCUGUUCUAUUUUGGUGUGGCGUCACUUCAAUUGGAGCAAGAACAUACGGAAAGGAGGAGGCACCCUGCGGAGAAACUCAAGGAGACUUGGAAUGAAAAAGGUGGCGUAGCGGAGUUAAAACUGGCAGUAUGACUUCUUAUUUUUCUUGGUGAACCCAUUGCAAGAAAGGCUAUAUUAACUUUGCGUACAAUUUCUGUGAAUGAACGUGAUGUAGUGCCCUGCUUGCGGCGAAGCGACAGCAGAAGAGAUAUAUUAAACUUGUUGCGUUUUGUUUCAAUCACACAAGUUUAAGCAAUGCUGCAUUAUUAGUCUCUUGACAUCUCCAAAGCUCUGAAUCCUCCGUUCUUGCGAUGUCAUGAAGCAGUAGUUUUCAAAUUAACAGCUACCUCUUACCUAUUGUUCAGUAGAUUGGUAUUUCCAGGGAUGAAAUGGUUCCAAAUAAUUCUGGUGAAGGUGUAUCAAGUUUAAAAACACAGUGGAGCACUUCUUGUAUUAUCACAUGAUAUCACAAGGUGGUUUUGUGGUGGUUUUUGUACCCUGCUUGCGGCAACUCGUCAGUGGAAGAGAGAUAUCAAACUUAUUAACCGCCGUAUCUACAGCUCAGGAUCCAGGCAAAACCAACCUCCCUUUGGCAAAAAAGCAAAAAAAAAAAGAGGAGACAGCUAUCCUAUUUGAAUAUCUGUAAGUUAGCAGCUCAUGUUUCUAGCGGCUGUUCUGCCACUACAGCGAGAUUCAAGCGAGAUACUGUGGGUGCGCGUGUCUGAUCUAUCAAGAAGAGGCUGCUAGCCAAAACUCCAACCCAUAGAUGUGUUUUUCAGUUUUUUUUUCUCCCCUCCUCGCUAAGAGAAAAGCACAGACUCUGAAUGUGAAAAUGUGAGAAAACAUUGCUAUAUAGAAGAUUUAUGUUGAGACAUAGGUCAUUCGUGGCUAAUUUUUUUUGUUUUUUUGUUUUUUUCUUCAAGUGGUGAAACAACAAAUGACUCCUCUUCACUUUGUAGCAGCCUCGCUCUUCUCAGGUUAGAUUGUAAAGACACCUUUUCUAUGUAAAAUGGUGAAGAAGAAUAAAACAAUCUCUUGCUAUAAAA